AUGAAGUUUGGCGAGCAGCUGCGGUCCAGCAUCAUCCGCGAGUACCAGUGGUACUACAUUGACUACAAUGGCCUCAAGUCGGAGCUCAAAGGCGCAACCGGCCCUGCCCCGGCCAGCGGUGUCGGCCCCAACCGGUGGUCCGAGGACGAUGAGACGCGCUUCGUAGGCCGUCUCGAGGCCGAGCUCGAAAAGGUCCACACCAAGCAGCAGGUCAAGGCCAUGGAGAUUUCCCGCCGCAUCGCCGUCUCCGAGCGCGAAGUCAAGAGCGUCGUCAACCGCCUCCAGGAGCGCGGCCUUGCCGAGGAAGGCCCUAGCGAAGAGGAGUUUAUUCUGCUCGAGGAGGACCUGUCCGACAUCAUUGCCGACGUCCACGACCUCGCCAAGUUUGUUCAGCUGAACUACACCGGCUUCUACAAAAUCAUCAAAAAACACGAUAAGCAAACUGGCUGGCAUCUGCGACCCGCGUUCGACACCCGACUCAAGGCCAAGCCUUUCUAUAAAGAAAACUACGAUGCCUCCGUCAUCAAGCUGUCUAAGCUCUACGAUCUCGUCCGGACACGAGGCAACCCCGUCAAGGGCGAUUCCGCCGCUGGCGGCUCCCAAGCCAGCUUUGUUCGGCAGACGACUAAAUACUGGGUUCACCCUGACAAUGUCACCGAGCUGAAGCUCAUUAUCCUCAAGCACUUGCCCGUGCUCGUCUUCAACGCUGGCAAAGAGUUUGACCCCCAAGACUCUGCCAUCACCUCUAUCUACUACGACAAUCCCGAGACCUGGGAGCUCUACGAGGGUCGCCUGAAGAAGACGGAAGGCGCCGAGGCCAUCCGUCUCCGCUGGUACGGCGGCAUGCAGAGCGAGACCAUCUUUGUCGAGCGCAAGACUCACCGCGAGGACUGGACUGGCGAAAAGUCUGUCAAGGCACGCUUCGCCCUCAAAGAAAAGAACGUCAACUCUUACCUCCGAGGCGAGCUGCUCCCUGGCGCCAUCUUCGAAAAGGCCCGCAAAGAGGGCAAAAAGUCGGAAAAGGCCAUUGCCGAGGACGAGCGUCUUGCUUCCGAAGUCCAGUACUCUGUGCUGAAGAAGGGGUACAAGCCCGUCUGCCGGUCAUUUUAUAACCGCACAGCCUUUCAGCUGCCAGCUGAUGCCCGUGUCCGUAUCUCGUUGGAUACUGAGCUCACCAUGGUCCGUGAGGACAAUCUGGAUGGUCGAACCCGCAGCGGCGACAACUGGAGACGCAUGGACAUUGGCAUUGAUUAUCCGUUCUCCCAGCUUCCUGCCGAAGAUGUCGUCCGGUUCCCCUAUGCCGUCCUCGAAGUCAAGCUCCAGACCCAGAUGGGCCAGGAGCCGCCCGAGUGGGUUCGUCAACUUAUCUCCUCGCACCUAGUCGAGGCCGUGCCCAAGUUUUCCAAGUUUAUUCACGGCUGCGCCUGCUUAUUCCCGGAUCGCAUCAAUCUGCUCCCUUUCUGGAUGCCGCAGAUGGAUGUCGACAUUCGCAAGCCUCACACCCACGACUUUGGCAUUCACAGAGCCGCGCUCUCUGGCACCACGACGACGUCCGAUGACGACGAAGAGGAUUUCGACUCCGAUGACGAUGACGCUGGUAGGCCCUCUACCAGCGCUGGCCGGGCCUUUCACCCACAGCGAUCCCGACGCGAGUUGGCCACCGACAUGGAGGGCCAGACGGUGGAUCUGCCCACGGCGAGUGAUGACUUUCUAAUUUACGACUCUGACGAAGAGUACGAUGAAAACUACGAGUUGGAGCAGGCACGUAGAGUCGGCGGAUGGCACUACUACUCAACUCUGUUUGCCGCCAAGGGCCAUGCCUUCGGCCGGGCAGCGCUCAGCGCCCUCUGGGCCGUUGUGCCCCGGCCGCGCAGUACGCAGGUGUCACGCAGCGCGCGUCAGGAGAUGCUAUUCGGCGACCAGCAGGUGCAGUCGAAAAAGUUCAAGGCGCCAAAGGGCAAGAAGAUUUACGUGCCCGUGCGCGUCGAGCCCAAGGUCUUUUUCGCCGCCGAGCGCACCUUUCUCGGCUGGCUCGAAUAUUCGAUUUACAUUGGCACCAUUGCCAUGACGCUCCUCAAUCUCAAGAGCCACCCGACGCCCACGUCGUUUUGGGUCUCGGCCAUUUUUACCUUUCUCGCCAUCCUGAGCCUACUGUACUCGGUCGGCGUCUAUCUCUACCGCAGCCACUCAAUCCGCAAUCGCAAGGCGGCACGAUACUUUGACAAGUGGGGUCCCAGCGUGCUUUGCGUGUCGCUGUUUGUGGCCGUGGCGCUCAACUUUGGCUUUGAGGGGCGUGAGCGUGGCCUUUGGUGA